CAGUGAGUCGAGUUGUUUUUGGAGAUCAAAGAAAUGGGAUUUCCUCUAAGCAAUCGAUGUCAAUAUUGUGCGAGGCGGAAGAUCAAGUGUGAUGAGAAGUGGCCCACAUGUAGCAAUUGCAAAUCGAGAGACCGCAUGUGUUCUGGUCCGCCGGAUGACCGCUUUGUACACAUCCAGUUCCAAGAGUCGACUCAAGCUUGUUACAACCUCCGCGGGCAGAGGGCUACAGAUGAUCCAAGGCAAUUGUCUAGGCCAUCAUCGACAUCUCUGUCGUCUUUUCAACACAAAAUCAAGGGAUGCCGCUACCCCAACUCCUUCAUCAAUGUAUAUUCCCGCUCGAAUAAUGGACAGAAGGCCACACUUUGGAAAGGGCGAGAUCCGAAAUUAAGCAUAAGCCCUUUGCUUCAGAAUUGCGCUGAUAACGCUGUUUGGAAGCUAAUAACUGUCGCUCUGAAUAUGGAAGACGUAAACCUAUACGCCUCAUUAUCGAAAAAAUCGUACUCUCUACUGCCUCGCUACAUGCGAAGCAGCACUGCGUUAUGCGACGCAGUAACAUUGAUGAUAGAAACCUAUUCAAAUCACCAACGUGGCCUCCCCACACAGAAGCUUAUUGACAGAAAGGCUUACGGGCAAGCCUUGAGAUCUCUCAACCAAGGACUACAAAGCUCUCAAAAGCAGCAAAAUACGGCACUACUGGCAGCUGUGUCCAUAAUCCAUAGGGUGGUGGCCACAUAUGAAGCUGAGCCGGAGCACAAUCCAAGCGUGCAUUUGCGAGGAAUAUAUGCGAUUAUGACGGCAUGUGGGCCACCUCAGCUUGAUGAUGAGCUGGGUCUCUCUCUUGCAUUGGACAAUAUUGGUACUCUGUAUAUGGACUCUCUAGUAAGCAGUAAACCCAAUCUAUAUAAUGGGCCUGAAUGGCAGCGUGCUGUUCAAACUGCGUUAAACUCUGGUAUAAUCGAAAAUGAGACCAAAGCCGAUAUUUACCGCCUUGCACUAAAGACCAGCAAUUGGCCGUCGUUGUUCAGGCGACUAGAUUGUAUGCAACAAAUUGACGAUUACGAACCAUCUGGCAAUACGUUCAUUGUGGCAAAGACAGCAGCUGAAGAGAUGAAUCUUAUUCAGCGCCUUGGUGAAUUAUGCUUUGAGACUAUGCGCAAACACGGCAACAUUACUGAGCAGCUUGAUCGUGCAUCGCCAUUUCUCAUCUGCUAUAGAUUUACGGAGCCUUUAAUGGCAAUGCUAUUUAUAUUGUAUGCAAUGGCGCAAAUUGCCAUAGGUUACGCUGUCAAGCACGUUUUGGCACUCAAUGGAACCCAUCGUCCUGACAUUGACGCAGAAAUUUCGGAGAUGAGCUUAAGGAUAGGCAGAUGCAUCAAGUACGCACGCCAAUUCAAGCCACUAUUUGGCUGUCGAGGAUUCAUAUUGGCCCUGGUGCUGUCAUUUGAGUCUUGUAGUGAGCAAGGGCGAGAGUGUGUUAUAGAUGCAUUAAAUGACCUUGAGCACUAUAGAAACCCAUCGUCAAGACUUUGGUGUAAGCAAAGUAUAAUGUCACUGGCAAAGUAUAUGACAGGAAGGGCUGUUAUAAGCAGAAAUGUACCUAUUAAACCGAAAGACAACAAAGGGAAAUCACGAUAGCUAUAUAUCGAUUAUGUACAUUCAUAAUAGAAAG